AUGUCUGACCCGAUCCUCUUCGAAGAUACCUUUUCAAUCACGUCGGUCAACGCCCAGAAAUAUGAUCGCGUAUCUCGCAUUAGCUGUAUGUCUUCGGACCAGCUGACCACCUUCACCCUCGACGUGAACACCGAGCUUUAUGCCUGCUCACCUGGCGAGUCUUUGUCGCUCGCUCUCGCAUCUACAUUGGCGUUGGACGGUAAAGAGGAAGGUGCUGGAGGCCGUGCGAUGUGGAGAGAUGUAGGAAUGGGCGAGACCACGUUAGCGAAUGAUUAUGAUUACGUUUGCUAUGGGAAGGUGUAUCGAUUUGAGGAGAGUAGCACGGCUGGAAACAUGGCCGUUUUCGUUUCUUUUGGCGGACUGCUGUUGUACCUUGACGGACCUUACAAGAAGCUCAACCCCUUGAGAAUCGACUACGUCUACCUUUUGAUCAAGAAAUAA